GGCACCACUCGAGAAAGCAUCAGGCGAAGGUGUAAAAAUUAUUCUGAAUGCAGACGCGAGAGAAUUUGAUUGAUUGCGAAUUGUGCAAAUAGGUUGAUCAGCGCGAGGUCUGUCGAGGUGGCAUUGGAUCCAUCAGGAAACGAACUCAAAAUGGAGACAUAUAAAAUUGAGGGCGAAACGAUUGAAGUCUUCCGCGAUGCGCCCCACGAGCAGAUUAUAGAAUACACUUUCGACGAAACUGGAGGGAUCGAGACGGCAAUAAAAGUGAACAUUCCGUUAAAUUAUGAUAGUACUGAUGAUCCUUUGCAAUCGAAUUCAACCGAAGAUGAUCAGGUCGUCAUUAAAAUAUACGAGUGCGAAUUUUGCGGAAGAAGAAUGAGAAAAAAGACGUUAUUCCUGAAACACAAGCUGUGCCAUCAAAAGAAAAUUUCCGGCGAUAUUGCACAUUGUGACAAAUGCGAGAAGGAUUUCACGGACGAGGUGAAAUUACGAAAACAUUAUAUCAAAACCCAUCAGGAUGAGAAACCUCAUCAGUGCAGUCUCUGCGGCAAGUGUUUCAAAACCGAGGAAUUUUUGCGAACACACCUGAAACAGCACAACAAGCGAUUUGUCUGCGAUAUUUGCGGAAUUUCCAAAGUUUCCGGAUACGAUCUUCGGCUUCAUAAAAAGAAACACAAUCAGGAAUUUGUGACACACUGUAAUAUUUGUCACAAAGGCUUUUACACAAAUCAAACGCUGGAACGCCAUCUAUUGACGCACACGGGCGAAAAACCGUUUCCUUGUAGAAUCUGCAAUACGGCUUAUGCGAGUGCCGCAUAUUUAAAUAUGCACAUGAAGUCUCAUGGAGAGCGGCAAAAACACAAGUGCAAUCUUUGCGAGUUUGAAACAUAUUGGAAAGCGGCGCUCAAGGUCCAUCUUCGGAUUCACACCGGGGAAAAUCAGUUUGCGUGUGAAAUUUGUGGGAAAUCGGUGUCUAGCAAGACUUAUCUUCAGAUUCACAAUCGAAUACACUCGGGAGAAAAGCCACAUGUAUGCGAAAUUUGCGGGAAAGCAUUUAGCGUGAGAAAGUAUCUGAUUGUGCAUCUUAGAACGCACACGGGCGAGCGUCCUUAUGAAUGUAAAGUUUGUCAAAAAAGGUUUACGCAGCAGGGCUCUCUUAAUUCGCAUAUGAAAUCGCAUAACGAGACUAAAUGACAAUGUUGGUGCAAAAGUGGUAUGAGAGACCGCCGAUAUGGUCUGCAAGACCGCGCAUCUAUACUUAAAGUUUAAGAUAUUGUUUUUUUUUCUUCAAAGAGAAAAAAAUUGAAGCGUAACAAGUUAAUUAUUUUUACAAUUUUUAUGCUUUCGUUGAUAUUCUGAAUAUCAUAUUUGAACAGCUGAAUACAAUAACGCACUGAUUUUGAUCUACACUACUUUUGUUUCGUAGUUGAUUUUGUAUUUGAAAUCAACCAAUUUUGAAAGACGAUUCAAUAUUCUUUAUAUUUUCCACGGACAUGUCCAUUGAAAUUCUGGAAUAUUCUGGGGUUAUAACAAAAAAAAAUGUUUACUGUGAAUCUAUUAUUCGGGAAUAUUUGGUAAAUUCUUCAGGAAUCUAUUAGAUUAUUCUGGAAGAAUUCUACAUUGUUCUAGAAGAUUCAAUAAGUUACAAGAAUUUUCUUACCUUUUUGCGUAUGUUUCACAAUUUUCUGGAUUUUUCCAGUGUCUUGAAAUUUUGAAAUAUUCUUAUUUUUCUAGAUUCGGUUGUCAAAGAGAAAAGCGUUAAAAAAAGAUUUUUUUUUAGAGUUUUUCCAAAUUUUGAAAUAUUUGUUACAAUUUUUUAGAUUUUUCCAUCAUACUCAAAAUUUUUCUGGACUUUUCCUGCGUAUUUUGGCUUUCUGGAAUAUUCUGUAAUUUUCUAGAUUCGACUCUUGCUAAGAAAACAUUUUUUGUAGAUUUUUAGAACAUUUCAGAAUUUUCCAAUAUUCUCUAGAAGUUUCUGGACUUUUUUCAUGUAUUCUGAAAUUUGCUGGAUUUUCAAUGAACAUUCUGUAAUUUUCUAGAUUCGAUUUUCUCGAGAGCAAAAAUGCUAACAGAGUUUUAAAACAUUUCAGAUAUAUCCGAAUUUUUCUUGAAGAUUCUGAACUUUUCAAAACUAUCUUAGAAUUUUUUCGAUUUUUCAAAGUAUUUUGCAAUUUUACAAUAUGCUGGAAUCUUCUAGAUGCGACUGUCGCGAUGAAAAAAUGUUAACAAUUUCCAUAAUUUUCACGACUUUUCCUGAAUUUUAAUUUUCUAGAAUCGAAUCUUUCAAAGAAGAAAUUUCUAGUAGAGUUUUUGAACAUUUCAGAAUUUUCCAAUAUUUUCCACAAAUUUCUGGACUUUUCUAAUAUAUUGUUAAAUGAAUUGGAUUAUUCACGAGUAUUUCAUAAUUUUCUAGAUCCGAAUUUCUCGAGAAAAAAAAUGCUAACAGAUUUUAGAACAUUUCAGAAUUAUCCGAAAUUUUACUUGUAAUUUAUGAACUUUUCAAAUAUAUUUGAAAAUUUCCCAAAAUAUUUUGCAAUUCUGGAAUCUUUUAGGUGCGAGUGUCGUUAAAGUACAAAUUAUAACAAAAAGUUCUAGAACGUUUCAGAAUUUUACAAUAUUUCCUACAAUUGUAUGGACUUUUCUGGCAUAUUCUAGAAAGUUUUCGAUUUUUCCUAAGUAUUUUGUUUUUCUGGAAUAUUCUAUAAUUUUCUAGAUUCGACUCUUUCAAAGAAUUUUUUUUUUAGUUGAAUUUUAGAACAUUUCAGAAUUUCCUAAUAAUUUCAAGAAAUGUCUGUACUUUUCUGGUAUAUUCUGAAAUGUUCUAGGCUAGACUGGUUCAGAGAGAGAAAAUUUGAAUAAAGAGUUUUAGAAAGUUUUGGAAUUUGCCAAUAUUUUCUUGUGAUUUAUCGCCAUUUCAAAGAUAUUUUAGAAUUUUCUCGAUGUAAAGAAAAAAUUGUAACAACAAAUUUUAGAACGCAUUUUACAAUAUUUUUCUACAAAUGUAUGGAAUUCUGGCAUAUUCCUGAUUUUUCUCAAAUUUUCUCAAAAUUUCUCGAUUUUUUCAGAGUAUUUUGUAAUUCUGGAAUAUUCUCUAAUUUUAUAGAUGCGACUCUUUCGAAAGACAUUAAAUAUUUGCUAAAAAUUACUUGACUUCUAUUAUUGUUUGGAAUUUUCUCGAUUUCCCAGAGUAUCUUGUAAUUCUGGAAUAUUCUCUAAUCUUCUAGAUGCGACUGCCCAGAAGGAGAACAAUUAACAAAGAGGUUAAGACUUUACAUAUUUUCUAAAAAUUUCUUGACUUUUAUUUUAUUUUCUCGAUUUUUCCAGUUCAAUUAUGAAAUUUUUUUCAAUUUUUUCAGAGUAUUUUGUAAUUAUGGAACAUUCUCUAAUGUUCUGAUUUCAGAGUCGUCCAAAAUUUUCUUGUAAUUACUGAACAUUUCUCAUAUAUUCUGGAAUUUUAAUUAUUCGAGAAUCAGUAGAGAACAGACAGACGCAAUUAUUUAUAAAAUAUGUAAUUGAAUUAUCUUUCGAAAUCAGAGCUUGCUAUAUUAUUUCAUCCAAAAGUUGAUUAAUUUCCUAUAGUUUAUAUUUUUCAUUGUUUAGUUCUACUUAUAUUUUUUACGAAAAAGGAACGAUGUUGUGAGCUGUGAAAACAAAAACGAAUUAUCCUGAAUUUAUAUUUUUCAAAAAAUCGAUUGUUAUUUAAUUAUAAACUAAGUAUUAAAGUGUUUAGAAAAUUUUAAAAAAAUGUAUCAAUUGUUUUAUAUUUGUGAUUAGUUGACAAAGAAAAUCUUGCAUACAAUCGGCAACGGAGAAAUAAUUUGCGUUAUGAGAAUGAGCGAUAUGAUUAAUUAUUAAUUAAUUAAUUCAAUAAUCAUGUACGAACAUGUGUAAGUUUAAAUAUAUUUGGACAUUUCUUCGAAAACGCGAACAGGAAAACUUGAGCGGGAGUAAUCAUAAUUUUAUUUGGAAAUUGGCUGUUUUUUUUUAUACAGGGUAAUUAUGACACGUCGAGAUUUAUUUAAUUUUUUAAAUUCCAAGCGUUGGAAAAAACGUAAGAAAACUGAGGCGAAAAGAAGCUAGAAUUUGGUAGAAAGGAUUUGAUCUCGACCUCCAAAGAUUGUACAGGAUUAUUGUAAAAAUAAAAUAUUUAAAAAUGUCCCUCCGUGACGCGGAAAUGUCCAUAUAUUUAUCUAAUAGAUUAUUAUCUGCUUCGUGAAUUAUAAAACAAGAGCUUAUAUUAAUAAACAAAUUUUAAUA